GAGGGAGAGAAAGAGAGAGAGUGCGUGAGAAAAGAGGGGAGGGCUUGGAGAGAGAGAAGGGUGGCAGAUGUAAAUGGAAGAAGGGGCAGAGAGUUCGGAGCAGUUAGAUAGCUAGCAAGAGAAUUAAGUGAUGGAGGCAGUGUGGAAGGAGGGAUUGGAGAGAGAGAGAGACAAGAUGGAGAGAGAAAGAUGGGAUUGGAGAGAAAAGAUGGAGGGUGUCUGGUGGAGAGAAUUCCAGGCUUGUGUUUAGUUCUCUCUGUGUGAAGAUGUUCUGCCUGACAUCACCAUGUUUUAAAUUUUAAAAUUAUGCUGCGUUGUUCUAGAUUCUCUCACAAGAGAAAUUUGUGUCUCUGUAUCAAACUUAACAACCUGUUUCAUAAUCUGAAAUACCUCAAUCAGAUCACCCCUUCAUCUAUACUCAAUAAAAUAUAAACUCUGUGCGUGCAAUUGGUCCUUGUAAUUUAACCAUUUUGUCCCAGGAUCAUUCUGGCAGCUCUGUGCUGCUCGCCCUCCAAGGUCGGCAUCUGCAGGAGAGGCUCCUGAUCUAACCCCGAUGACUCCAGAUGUGGUCAGUGUAAAGAUGUGUAAACUGCUGCAGCACCAUUUUCACACCCUUUGUAAACCUGCUGCCCUGAGAUGAAAGGCAAUAUUCCAUUAGCCUGUAUAAUUAUUUUUUUGAUUUGUCCUCAUAAUCUUUAAAUAGAAUUCAGUUAGUAUGGGGUGCGGAGGAGGGAAUAGGAGGUGUUUGCAUGUGGAUGGAGGAAGGUGAGGUGAGGCUUGCAGCAUUGCAGGUCUUGUUAGAUGAGCUGCAUACCACUGUUUCAAUGUUAUGGAUGACCACCUUUGUGAUAACCUGAUUGUGCCUGACUGCAUUCAGCCUCAUGCCUGCACUGCAGCCAGUCACUUUAUUUUUGCUUUAGAAGUGACGACACUGUGAAGGUAUGCGAUAUACAUUUCAGAAUGUAAAGUGUUAACUUUAAACAUGUUACCAUCUGACGCACUGAUUCUAAUCAAGUGAACUUGGCUGGUGAUGCAGUGGAUAAAACUGUCUUGAGAUUGAACGAGCACAACCAAACUCCUUGCUGCUGAGCCAAGAUUUGUGUGAUUUUCUUCACUGGCGGAGUUGGGAACACCUGUGCCACUGCACCAACAGAUUCACAAAAACAAACAAGACACAAGGUGGAAGAAAAAAAAAAUCAGGGAAACAUAUUUUGAGGAGUUGAAAUUUGGUUCUUCUUUCAGCGGGGGACUUUCACAGAGAGAUUGGUAAAUAAUGUCCAAUCCAACUUGGCUGACCCCAUGGCAGACUGAUGACUCUGGGCAUGUACCAGCUCGAAUGGAAACCAUGGCAUCAAUUGCCACACCCAGUAUCUCCAUAUCUACUCAACAAACUCCAAAGAAAUUCGCACCUGUGGUGGCUCCAAAACCCAAGUUUAAUCCCUACAAACAGAAUGGACAGCCCCUGGGACAGGUGCAAACUGAAAGUGAAUUCCCUCCACCUCCACCACCUGUAGAAGGUUUGAGUCCGAUGUCAACAUUCCCUGGUGGAUUUCCACCUCCACCAACCUCACUUCCUGAUCAGUAUGAAACCAGUGCAAGUUUAAACGUACAGACAGGGAAGAAGACCCUGGAUGAAAGGCGAUCGAGUCUGGAUGCAGAGAUUGAUUCAUUGACCAGUAUCUUGGCCGAUCUGGAGAGCAGCUCACCCUAUCAGCCUCGCCCUCGACAGAGCCAUGGAGUCACCUCAACCAUCAGUUCUUCAACUCCUCAAACUCCAAUAACGUCGGCUUCUCACAGUCCAGUGAUUGGGCAUCAGCGGAUGGUUAUCCCCUCUCAGCCACUUCUAACAGCUACCAAGAAGACAGCUGCAAAGCCCCAUCCUACCCAGGGCAUUGGUGUGGCCCCAAAGACCCAACCCCAACCUGUUCCAGCCUCCUACACCACAGCCUCCACUCCUGCCCGACCUGCAUUCAACGUGCAGGUUAAAUCAGCACAGCCCAAUCCCAAUUUCUUGCCACAGGGGCUUCAACAACCAGGCCUCGACCCUGCCACUUCUCAGUACCAGCAGUAUAACCUGCAGCCAACUAGGUUUCCCGAACCAGCUCCACUGAUACAGACUUACACUCAACAGCCCCGCUCCAUUGACCAUGGGUAUGGGGCACAGCCAACACGCUACACUGACCCAGGUUACACUUAUAAUCCUUCACCGAAUCGCUACCAAGAUCAUCGGGCUGUUGCUCCAGCACCAGCGGUUGGAGUGGGUUAUGCUGGUGACCCAGCAUAUGGAGCUCCGAAUACCUGGAGACCCGAAGCACCUUAUACCCACAAUGCUCCUGGACCAAACCCUAGUGCCUAUCAUCAACUGGCUCCUAGCAAGAAAACUUACAUCACAGACCAAACACCAGGACCUCUGCAACAACCUAAGAAUGUCUACCAGCCUCCAGUUCCUGCUCCGGUUCCAGCCCCAGCUCCCGCUCCGGUUCCAGCCCCAGCUCCCGCUCCGGUUUCCACUCCAGCUUCUGCAGUGAGCGCUGCAGGCAUGAAACCAGAGGAUGAGCUUGAACGUUUGACUAAGAGGAUGCUGUACGAUAUGGAGAACCCACCAUCAGAUGAUUACUUCGGCUGCUGUAGCCGUUGUGGGGAGAGUGUUGUUGGAGACGGUGCAGGCUGCACUGCAAUGGAUCAAGUCUUUCAUGUUGAUUGCUUCACCUGCGUGACAUGCGGUCACAAGCUCCGAGGACAGCCCUUCUAUGCUGUGGAGAAAAAAUCAUACUGUGAGCCCUGCUACAUUAAUACCCUGGAAAAGUGCAGUGUUUGUUCCAAGCCAAUUAUGGAGCGAAUCUUGCGGGCAACAGGCAAGGCUUAUCACCCACAAUGCUUCACCUGUGUCAUGUGCCACCGCAGUCUUGAUGGGAUCCCUUUCACCGUUGAUGCCUCCAAUCAGAUACACUGCAUUGAGGACUUCCACAAGAAAUUUGCCCCAAGGUGCUCUGUCUGCAAUGAGGCCAUCAUGCCAGCUGAAGGCCAGGAGGAGACGGUGCGCAUUGUGGCUCUCGACCGUGAUUUCCAUGUGCACUGCUACCGCUGUGAAGAUUGCAAUAUUCUCUUGUCGGAUGGAGACAAUCAAGGAUGUUACCCCCUGGAUGGACACAUCUACUGCAAGAAUUGCAAUGCUACACGUAUCCAGGCACUGACGGCCAAGGCGACCACUGACCUCUGAUGACCCCACACGACUUGCUGACCCGUACUGCCCAGCAGAUGCAGCCCAUCAGCCUGUGGGGACUUGAGUUUCUCACUGAGUUUCCACAAGUCAGAAGCUCCCUCCUAACAUUCGGGCAGUUGCGGAGUACAGCACCUCUUCGGCUGACCCUCCACUUUCCUGCUCACCGCCUACAGUCUUACUUCUACCAAUCAUAGUGCUGCCUUGAUCUAUCUGACACUGACAGAGCUUCUGCCUCAUACUGACUGCCUGUAAGUUCUCGCUGUUCUGGGGAGGUUCAAGGGGAUUUAAUUUCCUGCAUGGCUCGAGCUUACUAGUUAAUCUGUGGAAAUUUAUUCCUACAAGUCUGGAUGAACUGUCUCCAAGAACUAACUCCCCACAAAUUGCUUGCUAUUAUCAGUCCUCAGCACAAUCAUUUUGAACAUGUUGAAAUAUAGCAAAUUGCACAUUCAUGUCAGCCUGUUAACCAGGGCUUUGAAAAUAGCCCAGCCAGAACAUCGUGACUGGACUCACAAUUCAGUCCGAGAACCCAUCUCUCAAUUUAUAGUUUUUACAGUAUUUGCUCUCCAUGUCACUCUGUUUUUCUCUCUGUGACUAUCUCAUGUGUUCUCUCCACCAAUCUCUCUCUCUCUGUCUGCCUUACUGACUCUCUUUCUCCCUCUCUCUCUCUCUCUCUCUCUCUCUCUGUCUUUCUUAUAUUUCCUCAGGUUAUGAAGCGGAUUGUGUCUGACUGCUAUUUGGGAACUUGUUCGUGAAAUGGGAGGGAACCUCCCAUGGAUUUUUUAACUCUAUUUCUGGGAUUUCCCUCAAUUAUCUGGUAUGCAAGGUCAUAGAAUCCCUCUUGUGUUGGUUGUUCACACAGUGGGAUAACAUUGUAGUCAAAUUCCUGGGUGAUGAUUACCUUCCCAGCUGGAAUUCCGAACUCCACGUCGGAUGAACAAUGGCUGACGAACAUUUUCUUCCAUUCUUUCUCCUCUUUCCUCAGGGAGUAAAUUUGGGCCUCAGGACUGAAUGCUGAUUUCCCCGAUCAUGCUAACACAAACCCUUCACGCUCCAAUAUCCACUUUCCUAAAAUAGCCGAAGGAGGCUCAGUUUCCUCCUUUUGUUGAUGCUACAUCUGAAAAUCAUAGAGUCAUACAGCACGAUCAAGGUAACCCUACCCAAUGAUGCUCAAGGAGAUUCAAAUAAUGCCAUAUAUUACAAAAUGUGAGAUUUAGAGAGAAUUUAUGAAAUACUAUGAAUUUUAUGUAUGUUUUGGAGAAAAUAGAUAGCCAAUGAGGGAAUCCUGCAGGAGAAUCUGACCUCCAGGUUUACAGGUUUCACCUGUGUCAAUCUUCAGUUAUUAGAGCCACUGGCUGUGGCAGUAAAUCCAAGAUGAAAUAAAGAGGGGGGAAAUGUAAUCAAGGUUCCUGCUCCUGAACUCUGUUGAAUGCAUUAUGUUCUGAUGUGGAUCUGACAGUCCAGGUAUGUGGAUCAGGCUGGAAUCUCAUGCCAUCCGUUGGGCUCUCGCUAUAUUGCCAGAGGUUCUGGAGGAUGACUUGUGCUCAGCAGAGAGGUGAAUGCUUAUUAUGUUGCAUCCUAAAUGGAAGAGUGUACCUUUUGUCCUGUACCCCAAUAGGAACAGGAUACCUGUAUUACUGUACCCCUAGCAGGAACAGGGUGCCUGUAUUACUGUACCCCUAGCAGGAACAGGAUGCCUGUAUUAUUGUACCACCACAUGAACAAGGUGUCUGUUUUACUGUACCUCAACAGGAACAAGGUGUCUGUAUUACUGUAUUCCAACAGGAACAAGGUUCCUGUAUUGUUGUACCCUGACAGGGGUCACUCCUGCUCACGAUGAGAAAGACCAGGGGUCAGAAAGCAUCAGUGUAGGAUUGUGUUGAAUGUGUGGAUGUGAUUUGAUCAGGAUACUGGUCUCAUCCAUAGAACAGAUUCCAACUGUGUACAAUACAGUCAACCCUAGGGUGGCUUUAGUGAAUGGAGUCCCUUCAACCAGCCAGUUCAGUGCUCAGAAUGGCCAUGGUUCUGGUUCAACCCAUACCAACCCUGAGGAUUGAAACUGUUACGAGUCUCUCAGUGCGCACUUUAUACUGGUGAAACAAUUUGGAGUUGAUGAUGAUAUUUAAGGGGAAGAGUGAGUCUGGCCAAAGAGUAAUUGAUUGACUGUAUGGCGGCAAUGGUUUGUGUCACUCGUGCUGUGAUCGCAAGUUAUUCCUUCAACGGAGUCCAAAGAUAAAGGUCCCUUCAUUUAACUGGCGCCAGAGGAGCUGAGGUUUGUUAUGGUGAAUGUAAUGCCUUCCAUUUCAGGGACUCGAUUGGAGAGAGAUUUUAUUUUCAAGCAUACUCUGAGAAUUGGAAAGCUUAGGUGAAAGAAACAUUGUAAUUCUGUGCCACACACAGAAUGUUUUCACAUCUUGUUGCAAAGUCCCCCAUGGUGAGAAAUCCACAGCCAAAAGCAUUGCGGCUGUUUCUGUGUUUGAAGUAAAUUCUUGUCAGAACCUUUGUGAUCCUAAAGGACUUUAUGUCAACAGAAAAGAUCGCAUUUACUUCUGAAGCACGUGUUCAUUUCUUUUGAUGUGAUAUUAAUGAUCAUCCCACCUUUCUAAAAGCUAACAGUUUGUGAACUAGUGGAGCAGAUCUUUGAGCAGUUUGACAGAGAUUAUGAGCAUCAUUCCCAUUUUGGAAAGUACAAGAUAACAUACUUAGAGUUGUUGAUGGACACAAAGAGCAGCUGAACAAAAAUGGUACAAGAAUUCCCACUUUGAAUUUAUACAGGAAGAAAUAAUGUUUACUUCUGGCACUCUAUAAAUGCAAAAUUGUGUUUUAUUUAGCUCCAUGAAUCUGUUUUGGAAAAAAGAAUAAAUAAACUGACUUGCUAAAUGUCCAACUCCAAACAUAGAGCAGAGACCAACAUUUCCUGCACCAAUGUAAGAUCCAAUUUUGCCACGAAUUCCAUGGAAAAGGAAGCUAGAUUUCCUACAUGGGAAACGUGCAUAAUCUGACAAUAGUUACCGUGAUGAGGCCAUUCUGAGGUGUAGCAACUCCCGCGAACUUCAACUUUUCCCGAAAACUCUAUCAUUUCAACAGUACUGCAUUGAGAUUGAGAACAACAGGAUAGGAAUUGAAUUGUAUGAACGCAGUUCCAGUUUAGCACUGUGUGGGGGUGGUGGGCAUUGAGAGAUUGAGGAAAUUGAGCUUUACUUGUCGUUUAGAAGACUCAAAGAAGAUCUCGUUGACUGAUGAACCAUUCUGAGAGGGUGUGACAAAGUAGAUGCGAGAGUCUUUGACUGGUUGACUUAAUUUCAGGGUAAGGAGUUGAUCAUUUACAUUUGAGACAAAGUAAAAUCUCUUCCCUGAAUCUUGCAGUUGUGAAUCUUGCAGUUCUUUAACCAAGUGGACUGUAGAUGUUCAGUCACUGAGUAUUUUCAAGGUUAAUUGCUGACUGCAUGGCCAACAGUGGUGACAUGAUUAAACUUAGGAAUGCUCAGGAGGCCAGAGUUAGAGGGAUGUGGAGAUCCGGGAGGAAUAAAGGGAUUGAGGAGAUUACACUGACCGGAAUGAGGCCACAAGGGCCGGAAUGAAAUGGUUGGAGCUUCUUCACUGGGAACGUCCUUCCCAUUGGCAUCCUAUACAAACAAGACCCUCUAAAGAAGAAAGCGAGGGCUGCAGAUGCUGGAGAUCAGAGUCAAGAGUGUGGCACUGGAAAAGCACAGCAGUUCAGGCACCAUCAAAGGAGCAGGAGAGUUGACAUUUCA